CGUUUUUGGAAGGUCAGUUCGCCUAUUCAGAAGUGCCGACCGUAUGUCGUGGUUAUUAAAAUGUAGAACAUCCGACUAUCAAGCUGUGUUCCGAUUGAACUAUAGCAAAAUCCUGUCUUGAUUGUUUUCUUGUAUCCAAAUCAUGGAUUUACUCAAGACUUUGCUAGUCGCCCUCGUGGCUAUACCUGUGACAUUCGGACAGUUCUGCGAGCAUCAAUGGGAGGGGAAGUGGGCGGACCACGAGGUGGAUGGUGUUCCAUAUCUCCAAGCGAGGGACUACAUUGAUCCUCCUGAUCUAGAGAUCAGGCCUCUCAUCGUAAACGGACCCUCGAGAAACCGUGUGGAUCUUAUAUUCUUCAGCGAUGGAUAUACUUUGGAAGAGAAAGAAAAAUUCUUUACCGACGCUCAGUUUCUCGCAGAGAAUAUCACAAAUGGGCAUACGUUUUUCGAUGUGCUUCCUUUGUUGAAUUUUUGGGCUGGGUAUACACCCAGUACUGAUAGCGGUAUUGGCACCGGUGGCGUGCCAAAGAAUACUGUUUAUGGUCUUUACCGUGACGGCACCGAGCUACGUGGUGUGUAUUACGAUAAGCCAGAGAUAGCACGCGCUGCCUGUCAAUCAACAGACGCUUGCGACUAUCCCAUCCUCCUCGGAAAUGAUCCACUGUAUGGGGGGCUUGGUGGUACAUUCACGGUGAUAACAUCUUCUCCGAUCAAUGGACCUGCUAUCCUCCGCCACGAGUUAGGACACUCGAUCAUCGGCGUCGGUGAAGAAUAUGACGGGGGACAGGUAUAUACCGGUGUCAAUGCGGCUCACAACGCAAGCUCGGUGCCCUGGACAUCGUGGUAUACCAACUCUUCCGCGGAGCCAAAGGUUCAGCGGUCCAACAUGCCGAUACAGGCAUAUCCAUGGACGUUGCUAAACACGACACAAAGCUGGAGUCAGAGUUUCGUCUCGGCUGGCUCAUACAAUACACAUCUAGUUCAGGUCAGCCUGAGCGGUGUAACAAGUACCAACGACUUGCGUGUAGAGAUCGACGACAGGGACGUCGGCUGGGAAAUAAACCCCGUGGUCGGGGUCGAUCGGUAUAUCUACAAUAUGAAAGUUAACGAGGCCCUAACUCCAGGAGAUCAUGAGAUAAAAGUCACUCUUCUAAACCAGGAGAUAGAAGGAAGUGCACAACUAUGUAACCUCGAAGUUAUUGAGUAUGGCGAAGAGUUCGAUUUUGAUGCUGGGUAUUAUGGGUUAUAUCCAACAUUCUCCGACACGAAUGCAACCUCAUUCCGACCUACAAACGACCUAUGUUUGAUGCGUAGCGUCUAUUCCGUGGACUUUUGCGAAGCUUGUAUUGAAGGCCUAUGGCUGUCUCUUUUAGGCUCAGUCCGACUUAUCGAGAACUAUACGGAAAUUGUGGAUAAGGAAGGCUCAACACUGGUCAAAAUUGAUCUCCUUCCUCUUGCAAAAUACAGACAAGGGGAAAACUCGUAUGAGGAAGCCUAUGAGAUCAUAUGGUACGGCGGUGAAGAAAAUAUAAUCCUGGAAGAUUGGACAAACAAGACGCAUGCGUUUAUAGUGCCCAACACUACAGAAUUUGGGAUAGUGGUUAGAUUUUGGUCGGAGCAGAUUAGGGCUACUAAUCACACUGCGCUGGUAGAUAGGAGGAGAUUUAGACUUAUACCUUAGCUGGUGAAUCUUAGUUUCGGGUUCGAGUAGUUAUCUCAACCCCCUCUAUUAAUUACUAUUCAAUCGUAUCU